ACAAGGUCAAAUUAAGAUUUUACAUGAUAUGGCUCCACAUGAUAAGGAUCAACAUGAUAGGGAUCAAAUUUUUAUAAACUUAUCAAUGAUGCUUUAAGAGUUCAAGGUGGGAUGAAUUCUGAAUAAUAUUUUAAUGAAAUUCCUAAUGAAAAAGCAAGACGUUUAUAUGAACAAUUUGAAGACGCUAGUUAUCCACUAUGUGAAGAGUGUUUGCAUACUACCUUCUUAGUUGCAUUUAGACUAAUCAAUAUUAAAUGAAAUUGGAGUGUUCAUCAUGUGGCUUUGGACUCAGAUCUAAAUCCUUAAAUGACUGGUAAAAAGGGAAAAGUAUUCAAAGUAAAUGAGGAGGAGGAAGUAGCAUUUAGAUUUACAUGACUAAUUAUAGAAUAAAAUUUAAUGUGAGAAAUGUAGUCAAAGUAUUUUGAUUUGCAUGACUAAAAGUAGAAUAAAAUUUAAUGAUGGUAAAAUGAGGAUUUUUUUGCUUGUCCGUUUAACAAAGCAAAUUGCUGGUUUAAUCCCUCCUCAUUUCUUUUCAUCAGCCCUACUACUAUGGAUGGUUGUAUGGCUAACUCCCCUGAAGAUAUAGUGAAGGAGAUUUUGUUGAGGUGUCCUGUGAAAUCGUUGUUGAGAUUCAAAUGCGUUUGCAAGAAUUGGUGCGCUCUUAUCAAAACCCCUGAAUUUGCUCAAGGACACUUGAAGAAUCGCAGCCCCCCACAACUCUUGAUUUAUGAUAAUGGUGAUAUUGAUGAUGAUGAUGACCUUUCCAUAACUUUGAUUUCCGAAGAACAUCCCCGAAGGUUCAUAGGUAUGAAACAACUCUUUGGUUCUGUAGAUGGCUUGUUUUUUAUGGUUGGAGAAAUUGAUCGUGAGGUUUCAUGUUCAUUAUGGAAUCCUGCGACUAGGGAAUUGAGACCCAUCCGUCUCCCUAUUCCAGUAGCCACAAUCCAUGAUGCCCCAGUGUUUGGGUUUGGAUUGGACACCUUAACUUAUGACUAUAAAGUGGUGUACUUUCACAUUAAUAAUUUGUGUGAACAUUAUGCAUCGGUCUACUCGUGUUCUAGGAACUUUUGGAGAAUUUUCAAACCUAAUAUCCCCUACUUUACAGACGUGAAACACACAUUUGGUACUUCUUAUUUGAAUGGAGGUUAUUAUUGGCUGCUAACUGGGGAACGCCCCUGUAAUUACACCAUUAUUUUGUUCGACUUUGGGAGUGAAAUGUUUACAGAGAUUGAAGGGCCAGGUCAUCAACUUGUUGAUACUAACAUGUUGGGUUUGAUGUCGGUUGAUAGCUCCAUUGCCAUCUUGAACUUGAACCCGAGUACUAUAUUUGCAUAUGAUAUAUGGGUAAUGAUCCAACCAGGUGUAUGGAACAAACUUGUUACCUUUCAAUGCUUCUUUAGGCUUAAGUCUUGUUAUCAUAACUCUCUCAUUUUUGCAACUAAAGAUUCUCAACUGGUCUCCUUUGAUGUUCGGACUAACAAGACGAGGCAUCUUGGAUUUCAACAUGCGGCCUUGAGAAAAGAUGCCGAGUGUGACGGCGAUUGUGGAGUUUUUUGCUAUAAGGAGAGCUUAGUGAAAAUUGAACGACGAGACUAUAAAGAUCUGGACCAUUAAUCGAUCUGUACUUUUUUAAUUUUAUACCAUGAAUGUGAUUGUUAUAAAUUUAUAAUAGGUACUUUUAUCGUUUCAUUAAUAAUUUUGGAUCAACAUUUUCUUGCAUCCUUUUAUGAGGUACUGGGAUUGAAUCCAUCAAAAAUUAUAUAUGCAACUUUCUUUUCUUCAAUUUGAGUAUUUAAUAUCUCAUUAAUUAAUAACUCCUUUACUUUUAGGUAUAUUUAUUCUUAACCUAUAAUUAAGAGAACUAUUAUAGGCUAAAGAAAAAUUGUCAUUUGAUUUUACACAGCAGGGAAAGAC